UAUUGAAAGGAAGGUGCGGUUUUUGUUUGGGUUUGUGAGUAUCGGAGAAGAUGGGUAACGGGAGCAGCAGUUUCUUAUUUUGCGGUUGCGUUGAACAAUCAAGCGUUGGGGUUGUUGAACAGUGGGGUCGCUUCCAUCGCCUCGCCCAACCUGGCCUUCAUUUCUUCAACCCUUUCGUCGGAGAAUGCCUCGCCGGCGUCCUCUCCACCAGGAUCUCCUCUCUUGACGUCCGCAUCGAGACCAAAACCAAGGACAAUGUGUUUGUGCAGUUGCUUUGCUCAAUUCAAUACCGAGUAGUUAAACAAAAUGCUGAUGAUGCUUUUUAUGAGUUGCAAAACCCUAAGGAACAGAUCCAGGCUUAUGUUUUUGAUGUGACCCGUGCUAUUGUUCCAAGAAUGAGUUUGGAUGAACUCUUUGAGCAAAAGGGUGAGGUUGCCAAAGCUGUGUUGGAGGAACUUGAGAAGGUGAUGGGAGAAUAUGGAUAUAGCAUAGAGCACAUACUGAUGGUUGAUAUUAUACCUGAUCCUUCUGUGCGUAAGGCAAUGAAUGAGAUCAAUGCAGCUCAAAGGAUGCUACGUGCUAGUGAAUACAAAGGAGAAGCUGAAAAGGUGUUUCUAGUUAAAAAAGCAGAAGCUGAAGCUGAAGCCAAGUAUUUGGGUGGGAUUGGUGUGGCCAGGCAGAGACAAGCUAUCACAGAUGGCUUGAGAGAGAACAUCUUGAAUUUCUCUCACAAGGUAGAAGGCACUUCCUCUAAGGAGGUGAUGGAUCUUAUCAUGAUCACUCAGUACUUUGACACUAUCAAAGACCUUGGGAACUCAUCAAAUAAUACCACAGUCUUUAUACCCCAUGGACCUGGCCACGUUAGGGAUAUUGGUGAGCAGAUACGCAAUGGAAUGAUGGAAGCAGCCAGUGGUCAAGUAAAUAUCAUUUGAUCUUAUAGUAUUGCCUAUAUAUAAGUUUACUUCUCUCUCAGACACAUUGGGAUUCUACAGAUAUGUAAUAUGUUUCUGCUGCAUUGUCCGGAAUUAAAGUUUUGGAACACUUUGAAUUUGUAAAUUAUCAGUUUUCAGUCGUACUAUACAGUCCUUGCAGUCAUACUAUACAGUCAAUGGCAUUGUACUGUUGAAACAAUUCGAAAAUGAUAUGCAGCUUGCUUUAUAGGAACCUUUUUUCUUUAAAAAGAAAAA